AUGGCGUUUUCCCAGUCAAUAGGGAAAGCACAGACUCCAGCUUUGUGUCAGUUCUGUGAAGAAUCACCAGACAUUAAGUGGAAGUGUAUAAACUGUGACCUAUUCUUAUGUCAAAGGUGCUGUUCAAAGAUACAUAGUAAAAUCAAGGCAUCUAUGCAACAUGAAACUAUAAAUUUAAAAGAUUUUGAAAAGAAGGAUUUUGUUUCUUCAGUACGUAAAGUUGACCUUGAAAACAUGGAAUGUACAAUCCAUCCCAAACAGAAAUGUUUUGUUUUCUGUAAGGACUGCAGUGAGCCCUCUUGUUCCAAAUGUUUAAUGGAGACUCAUAAAUUGCAUGACUACAAAGCCAUCGAAGAAGAGUAUAAAGAAAUAACCUCUGAUAUGGAGGAACUAAUAAAACAAUUUGAAGCUAAUCUUAAACUCCUCAGAAAUGAAAAGGAACAUCUAAAGAAGAAGCUAUCUGAUGGUGGUGACAAUUUCAAAGAAACAAGGGAUUUAAUUUUGCAAACUGAGAAAGAAAUGAAAGAGGUCAUUUCUAAACGUGCCAAAGAACUUUUACAAGAACUUGGAGCAAGAUGGAGUUUAUCCUCAAAUGUUAUCAAAAUGGAAAUUUCAGCCAUCACAAAGAAUGAGGAGGAGAUGGGAACAAAGAACAAUAACCUAUACCAAGUACUGCAGUCUCAUCAAGCCAGAGACAUUUUCUCUGCAAGUAAAACUUUAGAUACAUCAUUUCCAUGUUACUCACUGACAGUAAAAGAAAUCAUAACAAAUAAAACAAAAUUCAUUCCAACAAAUAUGGAAGUGAAAAAAAAAUAUCAGUUAAUGUUGGGUGACAUAUAUACAAUUCCAGUCUUGAAGGUGAUAAACACUUAUCACAGUGAUGUUGAAAAUGUGACAAACCUUGUAUUCUGUAGUGACAAUACAGCAUUUAUAGGAAACAAUGCAAUUAAAAAAAUUCAAAAGAUAAAUUUUGAAACUCAAAGUAUCAAAAUAGAAAGAGAAAUUAAAACAGAUGUAACUGAUAUGGUGUUGAUUAAGGACCAAGAUAUACUUGUUUCAACUGGAAAAAGUGAUCUCAAAAUAUAUACUAAAGAUGGACAAUUAACUUCAUUUAAGUCAUUUUCUCCCCUUAAAACUGUUUGUGUUCAUGUAACUAAAGACAAUCAUGUAAUAGUUGGUUUAGUUGAAUCUAGUUCUGAUGGAUUAAUCAUUACAAAAGCAAGUCACAGAAAAGUUGUUAUUAUGAACCUGGAUGGGGACAUACAACAUACAAUUGAAUAUAACAGGGACAAUCAGAGACUGUUAACAUGUCCUUAUAGAAUCAAUAGUUUAAAUGAUAGUAUAGUAGUUGUAGAUAUUAUUAACAAGGAAUGGGAGGGGAGGGUAGUAAUGUUUGAUUAUGGGGGACAACUCCAUUGGACCUACAAUGGAUGUAAUAAUAUCAUUUCUGAUCAGGUUAAGUUUUAUCCAGGAGAUGUGGCAAUAACCUCUUCAGCAAUGAUUUUAAUUUCUGAACAGGGUAAUCAUGCAAUACAUAUAUUAAAUCCUGCUGGAGAAUUUAUUGUAUGUAAGGAUGUUAAGGCCUUAGGAAUAGAAUUACCUAUAAGUCUCAAUAUUGAUAACAAUGAAGUGUUAUGGAUUGGAUGCAACACAUGGGAAACAGACAAAAAUAAAAAUGCUAAGAUAGUAUGUGUUAAACUAACUUAA